UCGAUACAACCACUCGUGACACUUGUUUCCUCACUUGUGAUAGUGCGUGUGAUGGAUGGACCUUUUGUACAUGUUGGAUGCUAGAGAUAAAUGACAGCGUGAGGAAUGUGUCAACAGGUGCUUAUAAAAGCACCAACACUGGAAUCCACCCACUUCUUUUUGACUGAGUACUAAUAAAGGACAUAUCAAAUAUUUUCUCACAGCAAUGGCUAAUUCCAACAAUCCUGAGAGACAGGUUUCCACAUAAUUCUGCACACUAUUCGUGAUGUGUAUUAGAUGAAGAGGAAAAAAGUCAGUCAAAGACAAUCAUCAUGUCAACUAAACUUACAAAGAAGCCAAGCAGCAAAAGGAAAAAGCACCCAAAGAACACUACAAAGUUUGAAGUUCUUACCCAACUUGGUCUGGAAGAUUUCUAUCCUUCCCAACUGGAACCAGCAUCAAUAUUGGACCUCAGCACCUGGAUCCUGGACAAUCUAACUGCCAGAGAACCCAAUGACCUGCCUAAAUCUUUCCUUCAAAGGCUUUGGCUUCUUCGCCCAGAUGCUCGGCAUACUUGUUGCAAGGCCCUAUCAGAUGCUACAGAAAACCUUGAAAAGAAGCCUGCCAAUUUAGUAGGAUCGAUUGCCUGUACAAUCCACCCUCUUGAUUUAGUAACUGCUGUCUAUCAAUGUUCCAACACUUUCCUUCAGCAGGAAAUGACAGCACAUAUGCUGCACUGCCGUUUUGCCGUGCCCCUGGUUCUUCCAUAUGUAGAUGACAAAGAACCAAGUAGCUUCCUCCUUUGGCCUUUAAGAGGAGUUGUGAGACAAUGGCAUUCCCAGUCUGUAGAUGGUGACCAGAAAAUCCAAGAAGCAAUUUUGGCAAGCACGUCCAUGCCAAUAAUCUCUUGUGUAAGGCUUGGUUCAUGCAGUGUCUCCAAGUCUGAGGUGCUAAAUCAUGUCAUCAGCAGUGAAACAUUUGUCCACAAAGGUAUGGAAGGAGGACAAUUACCCCGAAACCUCUCCAACGGUCUUGUGGAGACUGCAUGGUAUCUUCCUUUAGGGGACCCUGUCAAAGACAACUUUGUAGUUCCAGUGGUCUUCUGUAAUCUACGAGGAGAUGCAUGCAUGCACGAAAAAUGUCUGUCCCUUCUCAGCCAAGCCUCUUCAGCAGUUAUUGUCUUGUGUGAAAACCCUGAAGGGAGAGAGAAGCAACUUCUCGCCUCCUGGCAAGAUAUUACCGCCAAGCUCAUUGUGAUUGACCUCUCUAAGACCAAGACCACAGAGGACAGAAUGGUCAAGUUUUCUGGUAAGAACCUUCAGGAGGAGUUAGGACUUCCACUGGGAUCUGUCAUUUCUGGAACUGGUUUGAAUGCAGAGAAGCUUGCUAAUGUACUGUGUCAAAACAUCAAACACCUGCUACCUGACCUGAGACUUGUAACGCUUGAAGGAGCAGCAAAGUUAGCCGUGGAGCAGGGGUUUGAUUGUGAUGAAGGAGCGGUCUGUAAAAAAACAAUGGCCACAGCAGAGGAAAUUUUAAAAGGUUUGAAUGAGGGAGCUGCCGUUUUUAGGCAAAAGCAGCUGCCACUGCAAGGUGCUUUGUGGAGUAGGUUGGCCGAAAUAGACAAGGAGGAAAGUAGAAGGAAAAAAGAGAGGAAAGAGUUUGAUUUUCAGUUGCAAAAUGAGAAAAAAGACAUUCUGCGCAGUCUGAGCAAAUACAAAAACACUCAGUCAAUGAAGAAUUUCACAAAUGCUAUUUCAACCACAGAUAAAUUUGAGAGAAUGUAUUUCCUCAAUUGGAUGAGGGUGAAACUCAGACUACUACAAAGACAAAAAGAAAUUGACCUAAAAGAUCUACUGAUAAAUCAGCAGACAGAAGAGAAAAGCAGCAUUCCUGAACUAUCAGAGCUUCAGAAUGGCACGAAAGAUCUAUGGCAUGAUAGCACUAGUUUUUGCACAGAUUCAACAUUUGAGGAUGAGGAAAAUUUAGAGUUUACAGAUAGCCAUCAGGUUGUGACUGAUUCAGGGAACGAAGUGGAUUUGAAGUCCAUUUCACGAACCAAAGACAAUGAAAGAUCAGAAUCUCUGCUGAGUGAACAUCUUGACUCAAAUGAAAAAGAAAUCCCAGGUGAAGAAAUCUUUGAAAAUGAUACUUCUUUAAGCCACAUACCAGGGGAAAAUGUAAACCAAGAUGAUCUUUGGAAUGGCUUUGGAAAAUCAAUAUUUCACAAUACCACCUAUGCAGAAGAACAAACAUGCCAAGAGACAUUUACCAAAGUUGAGACAACACCAUCAGUGCACUCAUGUUUACUAAGGCUUGAACAGCAAAUAGGAAAUGAUCUGGAGGUUGCCUAUUCAGGGAAUGACUUGGAUUCGAAGCACAGUUUUCUCGUCGAAAAUCGAGAAGAAACUGAAUCUCUGCCAGAGAGAAAUUGUUUCUCUCUACAUGAAAAAGAAGUCCUCAGUGAAGGGAUACUUGAAGCUAAUGUUUCUUUAAACACAGUGUUUAUCGAUAAUGAAACAGGUGUGAAGAACGGUUUUGAAACUCAAAAUACUGAAGAAUUAGAAGAACUACAAAGUGGACUUUUCCACUCACCAAAUCAGUUUGCUGGUGAAGAGAUUCAUCAAAAUAAUGUUUCUAUGAACUCAGAGUUGAGAGACAAUACAUCAUUAAGUGUUCAUGGGAAUUAUUUCAGUGAACCCGAUUCAGAAAUACAAAUGUGCAAAGAUGCAUGUUUUGAGGGUCAGGCAAUAACAUCUCCACAACCAUUACUGCUGCAAUCUGAAUGCAUGACAGCUAAUGAUCCCGAGCUCACUGAUGCAGUGAAUGAAGAAAGUUCGAAGCACAUUUUUCAAAACAGAUGUGAUGAAGAAUCAGACACUCUACUACGUCAACAUUUUGACUCAUCAAAUGAAGAGAUCCUGCCAGAGCAGAUACCUGAACACGUAGAUAAUGUGUCUUCAAAUUCAAUAUUUGAAGAUAAAGGAGCAUUGGACGUUCCCGGGAAUAAUUCCAUUGACUCUACCCAUCAAAAGACAACUUCUGUGGGCCAAGUUGCAUCUGUCGAAGGUGAGACAAUAAAAUCGGAACUGCCAUGUUUUCUGGGACUUGAGCACUUUUUUCGUGAGAUGGGCCUAAUUUUUGAACUCACCCAAAUUAAUCCUGGAAGCGGAAGCCAUGAUGAGCUGCGACUCCCCAGUAUUGCUGCUGACUUGAUCCUCAGUGGUGUUCCACUUGAACUCAUGGAUGGUGAUGCUUCAAAUUUACCCAUGCGCUGGCUUUGCAGUGUUCUUGCAGAAAUAGAGCAUCGGUUUCCUCGAGAGCGCUUCAGGACACUCACAAGCCUUGGAGCGCAUCAUGCAAGGAAUGCUGAGAUCCUUUCGGCAUUAUUUGGGGUGAAAUUUCCAGAUGAACCCAAAAGAUCAACUAGAGGAGUGUACAUGGUUGCCCUACAACUACCCACCAAAGUCAAAAAGAAGCUAAACUUUGAUUUUCUCUUGCUGCUUGAUGUUGAGGGUCUUUGCUGUACUUCUUCAGAUGGCCAAAUUAAUGAGAUCAUUGAUAAUGAGAUGGCAACUGUUGCAGCCGGAAUGUGUGAUGUUUUAUUGCAAAACAUCUACUCAUGUUCAGCUUCUGAACUUGAAACAAACCUUACGGUUGCUGUCAAUGCGCUUUUACGGAUUAGAGAAUAUGGCUCAAUGCCCAUCUGCAAGGUUUUAAUUCAGGAUGAAGGGAUUAAUACCAUAUUAGAAGCCACACAAUUAAACCGCGUAUCUAAAAUUUUGCAGAUCAGGACGAGAGAGCAAAGCCUGACGGAUUCUGAUGCAAUUAAUCACAAUUCAAAGAACAAACAUUCAAUUGUCUAUGUUAGACCGUGGUAUAAUGAACCACUCUCAAAAUCAAUUAACAGCCAGCAUAGUGAAGCUGUGCUGAAGUUGAAGCGUACCCUGUUUGGAGCACUAAAGGAAGCAUCUACUCUCUCUGGAACUAGUGGUAUGCCUGAAUUUAUGGGCCGUUUGUAUUCUGUUUGGGAGGCAGUAAAGGCAGAAGCCUCUGUUUGUCUGCAAAAUAAAGACAUUGCUUUUGCCUUUUCUCUGUUUUGCACUGAACUUGCUAAGUGGGAGGAAAUCUUGCUGGACCACAUGGAAUGCUGGCUUACACAAGCAACCAAGACAAUUUCUUCCACCAAACCAGAAGCUUUAGACCCUUCCAGCCAAAACGACUUUCUGUGUGAGCUCAAGUAUGAUGCUAAACGAGAGGUCAAAAGGGAAGUAAACAAACUAAAGUCAAAUAUGAAGGCCAGUUUGAAAGAAAACAAGCUUGAUGUCUACAUUAGAAUACUCAACACUAUCCUCUCGAGUUACAUGAUUGAGCUUGAAGAACGAAUAACUGCAAUGGUAAUAGCAAGGCUGGAAACAAUCAAUGAGAGCCAUUUUUCUUCCACUCAAUUCAACAGAAUCGAGACAAUACUAGAAACUGAGCAAAAUGUCAGACUGCAAGGACUUUUAGACCGCAGUGCAUCAAAAAACCAACUCUUACAUGAUAAAGAACUUGAAGAAGAAUUUGAGGACGUGUGGAAAGAGGCAUUGUCCAAAAUGGAAUUCCGACCUUCAGAAAGCGAAGAUAUUACAGAAAGGGUAAAGAAUAUUCUGGCAGCAAAUAUUGUCAGACAUGGUCCACAAAAGCAUUUGAAUAAGCUUUCGGCCUUCGGCCAAAACCAGACAACCCACUUUAGAGUGGAUGAUCAGUACUUUGGAUACAGCAGCAGAAUGAAAAACCUGUUUGAAAACCAAAACAAGACACCGAAGGCUAAAGCGCAACAACUGUCAAGUAACCUCAUGGACUACUACCAGCAGUUUGUAGCAGAAAAAGUCAGUUUGCCACAAGACUUCUCAGACAGUUACAUCACAGAACUGUUAGAGAUGAUUGAUAAAACUUUGAAGGACUCACAAUUGGAAAUCAGAACGGCCUUUGAGGUUGAUCUGAAAGUCUUCAUAUGUAACGCUGCCUGCAAAGACUUCCAAAGAGUCCACAACCGCUUUGCCAAGGAUGGAGAACUUCUGAAGUCCUUUAAAGCCAAAAAGAAUGCAUAUAUGGCGCAAUUCAUCUAUCAGUUCAGGAAGAGGGACCAGCGUCAGAGAUUUGCCCAAAGGUUCGUUUCUGACAUCAUCCAACCUACAGUAAUGGACUAUGUCUACAGACCUCUCGGAAUGCAAAUUACGGAGGAGAUCCAAAGUAAAGUCAUGCAAUAUCGUUCACCAUGGGCCUUCCAUAAGAGUUUGUUAGAAGAGCUGAUCCAGGUGGACAGGUUUGAAUGCUUUACGGAGUACUUGUUUUCUUAUGAUAUCUUCAGAAUGAGGAAGAUCCAGGAGACAGUUGUGGCUCACUUAUCUGAAUGGAAUGUGAACACAUGGAGGCAUCAGCGCCUUGGAGAGAUCAUUGGAAAGGUUGCAGCAGCUGCGAGCCAAGUAGCAGAAGGCACCAAUGCAGUGUUAAGUGACACCAAGCCAUUGCUGGAGCAGGUGUGCCUCAUUCUGGAGGACGAAGGUGUUCAGAUCCCCUGGGAGUCUCUGAAGGGACCAACCUACAGUAUCAGCACAGAAUGGGAUUGCUUUGUGACUUGCUUCAUGGAAUUACUUGCAGCAUUGCGUUUGGAUCUUGCCCAGACUUUCUCCCAGCAACUGGAAAUUGAUGAACUACUUGAGCUACUUCCUAUUCAACCAAAAGACUGCCUUUUCAACAAAGUCAAUGGCUGUGAGGCACGAUGUCCUCUUUGCAGUGCACCUUGUAGAGUCGAGAAAAUCAGGAAUCAUGUUCACGAGACCUCGCUCCACAGGCCCAAAUGCAUCUUGGGGUCCACUUCUGUGAUCACAUCUGAAAGUACAAUUCUCAAUGACCUCGACACACAAGGUGCAGCUGUGACUUGCUGGGAACUCCAACCCUUCAAUCCAGAGUGGAAUCUUUCACCUGAGGUGACAAGCAGCCAGACACCCUGUCUUUACUGGAGGUAUGUUUUAGCCAGAUUUAAUGAGAGGUUUGCAAUGAAAUACAACCAGAGGCCAGCACUGAUUCCAGAUGAGUGGAAGGCAAUCACACAAGAUGAGGUCUUGGCAAGUCUGAGGGACAACUUCCUUCCCAGAGAAAAUUCAUCAAAGGAGUCUUAAUUCACUCACUCUCAUGUGAGUUUUUUUUAUCUCCUACAUGGACUUUUGAAUAUUAUUGGGCAGCGAUGUAUUUGGUGAGAGAAGAGUCCAUUAAUUAAAACAAGGCAAUAUUAAGUGAUGAUAUAUAGCAUUUUUGCCUGCACCUGCACCAGAUUACCUCACAUACAGUAUAUGUUAUGUCUCAUUGCCAGUUUGUUGUACCUAGUGUCAAAGUUCUGCCUGCACUCGUUGUUCCUCCUCAUUGAUCAUAUUAUUGAGCCUUGAUCCAGUGUUUAUUAAUAAUGCUUCUUUCCUGCUUUUUUUGGAUGCUGUUACUUUUGCUGACUACCUGAUAAUGUACUGAAUCCUGCUUGUCAUUAAACAAGUCAGUUUUUGGAA